AUGCCCGUUCCAGCUGGACGACGACCAACAGACGACCCCUUAGACGAGGUUCUCAAGCCCCCUCCGGACGAAACCCCGGAGCAGCGCCUGAUAAGACUCGAACGAGAAGCAGAGGCAAAGCGCAUAAGCCUGGCCAUCGAUGCCAGUAUCAAGGCUGAACGACAGGCACGCAGGAAAAAACGGAUUGUCAGGCUGCUAUUGUUGGGCCAGAGCGAGUCUGGCAAAUCCACGACCCUGAGGCAGUUCCAGCGUCUGUACACGCCUACAGCCUUCAGGGAGGAAAGAAUACUGUGGAGAGCUGUAAUUCAGCUCAACAUCGUACGCUCAAUUCGAAUAAUUCUCGAAGCACUCGAUUCACCAUUGUCGCCGUCGAGCUCGCCGUUCUCGUCACCGCGGUCGCGUGCUAGAAGCAUCUCCAGGCCGCCGCCGCUCCCGACGCAGCACCCGCCAUUGCCCAAUUCAGACUAUCACUAUGCCAAUGGCAAUGCCAGUGGUCCAUACAGUCCGAUUGAUCAGGCCGGCCCUUCAAACUAUGGCAACGGCUACAACAGCGACGGGGACGUGUUCAGCACAUCGCCACCGCGCGGUGGAUGGCACGGCAGUUCUCGCCAACGACACCAAAACUUCUCGUACGCCCAGAGCAGCACAAGCACGCGUCGCCACCGUCGCGCACCUUCUGGUUCGAACCCCGAAUCCGAGGUCGAUUCCGAUACGGAUUUUGGAUACCACGGAAGUCCUCGCUCUGUUCACAACUCUUCCAUAACCCUUGCCGCGAGCCACCUGGAGCCUUUAAAGCAGAAACUGCAGCCACUAAAGCACAUCGAGCAACUUUUGAUCGCGAAGCUUGUUCCCCCGACAGAAGAGGAGCCCACACAGCUUGCACCACCGGGGAACCACUCCAUGCCGCACAUCCAACAGAGUAUACAGCAUGGUGACCACUCGCCUUACCGUAACCAGGAAAUUUUCAUCCGCCCUGGACCGGGGUGGAAGGGCGCCCUGUCAAGAGCGCGGGUGAACUACCCUGGGUGGAACGACGAAUCCAACGCCAACGGAACAUGGUCAAACGGCCGGCCAACUAGCGCCGGCAACACGGGUCUCGAGACACAGGAUGAACCUCAAGAGGUCCUCCAUGCUCUGCGCAGAGACAUGGUCCAGCUAUGGCAAGACCCCUUCGUCAAGGAGAUCCUCCGACGCAAGAAAAUAAAGCUGGAAGAAGGCUCCGGAUUUUUCCUGGACGACCUCGAGCGGGUGACUUCCAUGAAGUAUAUGCCCUCGGACGACGACGUACUCAAGGCCCGUCUAAAAACCGUCGGGGUUUCCGAGUACAGAUUUGAAAUGGAGGUAUCAGCAGGCCGAGACAGUGGAACGGAAUGGCGCAUAGUCGACGUUGGGGGCAGUCGUACAACAUGGGUCCCAUUCUUCGACGAUGUGGAUGCUAUAAUCUUCUUAGCACCUAUCUCUGCCUUUGAUCAAGUUCUCACCGAAGAUAAAUCUGUCAAUCGUCUCGAGGAUUCCGUACUUCUAUGGAAGGCCGUGUGCUCGAACAAAUUACUGGCCAACGUGGACCUGGUGCUCUUCCUCAACAAGUGUGAUAUUCUCGAGAAGAAACUGAAGGAUGGUGUGCGACUUGCCAAAUACGUCCGGAGCUAUGGUGAUAGAGAGAACACGCUGGAUAGCGUCAGUAAAUAUCUUCGCAGCAAAUUCUGCGCCAUCCACAGAGAGUACUCCCCGAAUCCCCGGAAGUUCUACGCCUUCUGCACCAGCGUCACGGAUACAGCCACAACAGCUGGUAUCAUCGCUAGCGUUCGCGACAUGGUCAUUCGGCAACAUCUCAAACAAUCUAAACUUCUAUGA